GGGUUUCCGCAUCCGGGGCAGCCAAACAGCCGCCGUUUAGUUCCGGAGGCGCAAGCGCUGUGGCCGUUGGCCGGGCGGCUCCGCUCCCGCCAUGAAGAUCACGCGGCAGAAACAUGCCAAGAAAUAUAUGAGCUUCUACAAGUACAACUUCGGCUUCCGGGAGCCCUUCCAGGUGCUGCUGGACGGGACUUUCUGCCAGGCCGCGCUGCGCAACAAGAUCCAGAUCCGCGAUCAGCUGCCCGGCUACCUGGCUGGGGCCACCCAGCUCUGCACUACCCGAUGUGUUCUAAAAGAAUUGGAGUCAUUGGGGAAGGAACUUUAUGGAGCAAAGUUAAUUGCCCAAAGAUUUCAAGUUAGAAACUGUUCCCACUUCAAAGAUCCAGUGAGUGGCUCAGCAUGUCUAUUGUCCAUGAUUGAGAUGGGUAAUCCUCAUCACUAUUUCAUUGCUACACAGGACCAGGAUUUGGCAACAAAAGUGAAGAAAAAGGCUGGAGUUCCUCUUCUGUUUAUUAUUCAGAACACUAUGGUGCUGGACAAACCUUCUCCGAAAUCACUGGCAUUUGUUCAAGCCAUGCAAGCAAAUCAGCUUGUUCCAGAGCACCAGAAACAAAGUAUUGAGCAUCUUAAAGAAGAACAGGGACUAGUAAAAGAGUCUGAAAACAGAAGAAAACGUAAGAGGGCAGGUGGCCCCAAUCCUCUCAGCUGCCUGAAGAAAAAGAAAAAAGUGCAGGAGACCCAACAGCCUUCCACUGCUAAGAAGAAACGAAAAAGAAAACGAAACCGGGCUAAAUCAGAAGAAAAGGCAGUGUAAGUGCAGCUGAGUGUGAAAGCAUAAAGCUGCCCAUAUAAACCGUACAGGACUUAAAUACAGCUUGAACUUUGUGCAAAGAAAAAAAAUUCUUACAAUUCUAAUAUGAAAAUAAAAGUGUUUAUUUUUAUGAAAUAUAUAUUCUUCAUUAUAACUUUCACCACCUUUGUAUAUUUAUAUCAUCCCAGUAAUAUAACUUUCUCUUUAUUAAUCAAAUAAUUACAAAACUUUUUUUCCCACUAUAACCACAUCUGCCCACAAUGAGCAACUGGAGAGCUGUUAUGUUGCAAAAUCUGGUAUCUGGAGUGCCCCAAGUAGUGUGGUUUUGAUUUUUAUUAUUAUUAUUACUAUUUUUAUAUUAUUAUUUAUUAUUUCUCUGUGCACCGUUCUGCCCUCACAUGAACAAAUGGUGUGUAUUGUUCCUGGCCCUGCCUUAGUUGGGAUCCUAAGGAGGAAGUGUAAAUGAGUUUUAUAAAUUUUCCUGAAAGGUGUUGUAACAGGAUCUCCUCAAACUCUGCAUCAAACCUUGUCUGUAUUUCCCACUCUCAUGUAAGCCAGUGUCCAAUUUCCAGAACUGUGCGUCAGUAAAGCUUCCUCUACUGUCAGUAUUCAUUGCUUUUUCUGUGGGAUACAUUUAUUGAAACUCAAACACAGUUCAAAUUAAAUCAAGAUGGACAAACCACCUGGAUCCUUCUGAGGCCUCUGCCUCAGCAGGCUGCUACCUAUGCAGAAUGUAUACCCCCUGCUAGGUCUUCCACCUGGCUAGUGUGGCUAGUUCCCUUCCAGGUCUUUUCCCUGACCCAGCAUCUCCUGCAGGAGACUUCCCUACUCCCUGCACCUCUCCCUUCAGUUGAGCUGCUUGUUGGUCUCUUUAUUUCACCACUUGGGAGGCAGCUAGUUAGUCACAGGUUAACUCCUUUCAAGGGAUCAGCCCACCUUUUGACAGUUUUCCUUUACAGCACUAGUGCCUGAAUAGGUCACUUAGGCACGGAAGAAAUGGUAGGAACAAGUGUGCAACUUGGUCAUGCUGAAACAGUGCCACACAACAAAAGAAGUGAGGUGGGUCAUAGUAUGGCACAUCUAAGCCAGAGCUGUGAAACACUUGGCUAGCUGGCAGUGGUGCGCACUGUAUUUUUUUUGCAGCCUGCCUCGGUCAUCUUGUAAGAUUAUAAACAGAAUAAAAACAGGCUGCCAAGAGAGCUUGAAAAAAUAUAGCAGGGCACUUCUGCAUCUUAUUCUGUUUCCUGCAUAAGGUUGCCUGUGCAAGGAGAAAUGGAGACAGUAAAGUGAAACUGACAAAAAGUCUAUUCUAUAGAAACUGACAAGAGUCUAUUGAAGAAGGAUGCAGUAUAAUAUGUAGAUGGAAAUUGUAUGAUUUAUAAUCUGUUCAGACUGUGUCUGCCCAACCACAGUGUAAUUCCUAUAAAGAGGAAAAACUUAAAACCAGUUAAGGGUGCUAAGGGGAACACCCUCUUCCUCCACACCACAAUCCCUUAAAAGCAGCUAAGCUAUCCAUUUUAAAUGGAUCUUAGCCCCCACACAACACAUUCACUAUUUUACUGGCAGAGUCUCAGCUGUAGAUAAAAAUGUACCUUCCUAUACAAUAACACUAUUUCUCACAGUUGCAAAGCUUCUUCAAUAUUAAGAUGGCUAUUAGAAAGUUGUACAGGUGUAGUAUAUAAAUGUGGUGGUUUCCCGCAAGGGAGUAUGAGGGCAGAAUUAAGUUUUUAUGUUAUAAGUGCACUUGUUGCCUGUUACCACUUUUGAGGCACUUUCUCAAGUAAUAGCUCUCAGGGCUUUAUGGGACUUUGACCCCUUCCUUCUUCCGAGAUCCUUAGGGACCUAGAGGUUUGUAGAAAUUUCCCACAACCCACUGCUCAUGAGAGGAAUGCCAGGAAAUGUGGAAUAAAUAGUUAAUAUACAGCUACAGUGGUGGACUGGAGUACUAUGGUAGAUGUGGCCCAAAACUGCCUAUAACACCAUAGCUUCACCACACCAUCCAAUUCUACAGCAUAAAUAUGGCUGAGGACAUAACCACCCUCUGCAAUGAGUGCUGGAGACUGGAGCAGCAAAGGUAGCUUUGAUACUUAUGGUGAAAAAGCCCUGCCUGCAGAAAGUAGUGUAGUUACAAAUGGGGAUGUAGUAGUUAAGUCACACCAAUCAUGAUGCCACUCUGCUGAGCAGUAGUUAGUGUCCUUUCACUGAUGAGGAGUCUGGGUAUCUUCUCAUAGAUACUAAGGUCAGAAGGGACCAUUAUGAUCAUCUAGUCUGACCUCCUGCACAACACAGGCUACAGAAUCUCACCCACCCACUCCUGUGAAAAACCUCACCUAUGUCUGAGCUAUUGAAGUCCUCAAAUCAUGGUUUAAAGACUUCAAGGAGCUCCAGCAAGUGACCCGUGCCCCAUGCUACAGAGGAAGGCAAAAAACCUCCAGGGCCUCUUCCAAUCUGCCCUGGAGGAAAAUUCCUUCCUGACCCCAAAUAUGGUGAUCAGCUAAACCCUGAGCAUAUGGGCCAGCCAGAUACUACAGAAAAUUCUUUCCUGGGUAACUCAGAUCCCACCCCACCUAACAUUCCAUCACAGGCCAUUAGGCCUAUUUACCAUGAAUAUUUAAAGAUCAAUUAAUUACCAAAAUUGUGUUAUACCAUCUCCUCCAUAAACUUAUUGAGUUUAAUCUUAAAGUCAGAUAGAUCUUUUGCUCCCACUGCUUCCCUUGGAAGGCUAUUCCAAAACUUCACUCCUCUGAGGGUUAGAAACCUUCGUCUAAUUUCAAAUCUAAACUUCCUGGUGGCCAGUUUAUAUCCAUUUGUUCUUGUGUCCACAUUGGUACUGAGCUUAAAUAAUUCCUCUCCCUCUCCGGUAUUUAUCCCUCUGAUAUAUUUAUAGAGAGCAAUUAUACCUCCACUCAACCUUCUUUUUGUUAGGCUUGUGACUUGUGUGUUCAUACUCUUUAUACCAGUCCUUUUACAGAGGCAGUCACAAGCAGUCCCAAGGCAAUCACCUCUCUGUGCCAGCAAUGCCCCUCUGCCAUGUACAUUGGCCAAACCAGACAGUCUCUACGCAAAAGAAUAAAUGGACACAAAUCUGACAUCAGGAAUCAUAACAUUCAAAAACCAGUAGGAGAACACUUCAACCUCUCUGGCCACUCAGUAAAAGAUCUUAAGGGUUGCAAUUUUGCAACAGAAAAGUUUCAAAAACAGACUUGAACAAGAAACUGAUGAGCUUGAAUUAAUAAGCAAACUAGAUACCAUUAACUUGGGUUUGAAUAGAGACUGGGAGUGGCUGGGUCAUUACACAUAUUGAAUCUAUUUCCUUAAGUUAAAUAUCCUCACACCUUCUUGUCAACUGUCUAAAUGAGCCAUCUUGAUUAUCACUACAAAAGUUUUUUUCUCCAGCUGAUAAUAGCUCAUCUUAACUAAUUAGCCUCUCACAGUUUGUAUGGUAACUUCCAACUUAUCUGUAUGUAUGUGUGUGAGUGUAUAUAUAUAAAUAAUCUUACUAUAUGUUCCAUUCUAUGCAUCCGAUGAAGUGAGCUGUAGCUCACGAAAGCUUAUGCUCUAAUAAAUUUGUUAGUCUCUAAGGUGCCACAAGUACUCCUUUUUGCGGAUACAGACUAACACUACUCUGAAACCUCUCUCUAAAUGAUUAAUCCAGAGCCAAAGCCUGAUCUCUAGGAAGUAACUCUGCCCAGAGAAUUGACUCUAGUUAGAUUAAAGCAGAGAGCAAGCUUGGUGUGUGCAACAGCUUCCCCUCAAAGAGUCUGCAUCACUAACCUAACAGCACUAAGCCAUUUCUUCAAAGACUGAAAUUCUGAGACUAAGAAAAAAUUGGUACGACUGUGUAACAAUGCCAUCUCUUGACUCCCACCAUAACAAUAUUAAAGUUAAUUAUUUUCA